AUGGCAUCAGGUCAGAUCCAUCCCCCGCGGACCCAUUUGCUGCCUCCAGUGCUGCUGCUCCUCUUCCUGGGCGCAGCCCUAAGCCAGAGAGCACCGGUCCGGGUCCCGCCUGUACAGCUGCAAACGCCCAACUUUGAUGGCGAGAGCUUCGAGCGGUUCGAGGAUGCCGCCAACAACAACGGCAACGAGAGCGGCGAAAUGAGGGGACGGAUAAAGCAGCUGCUGGGAGAACAGCUGGCCAACGCCUUUGCCCCAUUGGCCACGACACCCUUCUCACAGCUUAGCCAGCGCAGGCCGGGCAUUGUGGCACCCACCUCGGGGGCACAGGCCAGGGCUCAGUUUUCAUCCGACGACUCGGAUUCCGGCGAGGAAGAGGAGUCCCAGGAGGCGGAUGAAAGCUCUUCCAGUGAAGAGGAGCCGGAUUCGGGGCCAGUUGGGGCACCACCUCCGCUGCAGCCGCAACCUCAGCCAGAGGCAGAGGCAGAGGAAGAGGAGGAUAACGAUGGGGGCGUAGAGGACUACAAUCCGUGGCGUGAUAAUUUCUACGACCUCAACGAAGAUGGCAGUUACAUCUUUGGGUACUCCCUGCCACACGGCGUGCGUCGCUGGGAGCGCGGAUUCUACUCGGAGGAGCAGCAUAGCCGAGUGGUUGAGGGCUUCUACGUGCAGCCGCGCCUCCUGGGCCAUGACACGCGCUACGAGCUGCGCUGCUAUCGGUCCGACAUAAAUGGCUAUCAGCCCCUGCCAGUGGAGUACCUAAGGCGGGCGCCGAGUGUCCGUCGCGACGAGCAGCCCAAGGUUGAUUGCUUCAAGAAUCAUCGAUAG